CUUCGACCGACUGCGCAGGAUAUUCUCACAAGUCUACGAUAGCAAUUGCGUCAGCUCGGCGGAGUAGGAAAAGGUCAUUAUAUCUCUAAACUUUAUAUGGACCACACAUAGCAGAUGUUCAAACUUUUCCUGGCUGCGGCCGGCACGCUGUUGGUCACGUAUCUCUACAUGCGACUGAGAUACGUGCGCGACAAGCAGUAUGCACAUAUCCCACAGUUGCCAAAUCACAUCCUCUGGGGUCAUCUCAAGGUUUUUGGUGAAUUCAUGAGUCGUGGAAUACACGACCGACAUCCAGAUAAAAUCUUCGAAGAGAUAUGGGCAUCUAUAGGUCGUCCUCCUAUCAUGCUUGUAGACCUCCGGCCAAUUAAUCCUCCCAUGGUCCUUGUGCCUGGCCACAGCAUCGCCGAACAGAUCUCCAAACCAUCUAAGCUUUUCCCUCUCAGCACACCAAAAUCUCCGACUUGGACUCAUAUGAUUCCUAUCAUAGGAAAGUCAUCAAUUCUAGGUAGAGAGGGCCAAGACUGGAAGGAUCUCCGUAAAGUAUAUAAUCCAGGCUUCACGACUCAACAUUUGUGGAGUUUAUUGCCCCUUAUUCUCGAGAAGAUGGAACCAUUCUGGAAUUACUUAGAUCAGUUUGCUACUUCGGGAGAAGAGUUUUCUCUGGAAAAACUCAUCUCUAAUCUGACUUUUGAUGUUAUCGGUGCUGCCGUGAUGGAAGUUCAGCUUAAUGCACAACAACUAGACCGCUCAAAACAGGGCGAAUUAAUCCGAUUGUUCGGGGAGCUUGUCCAGACAUACAACGACGAUAAGAACAACCUUCCAUGGUGGAUCGUCCCCUGGACUACAAUGAAGCGAAAUCAACUGGCUAGGCGUAUUGAUGUGCUAAUAAAAGACAUGAUUCAGCAAAAGUAUACACAGCUAAAAGAGGAAGCAGAAGGGAAUAGAUCGCGGAGCAUUGUCGCGCUCAGUUUCCAGGAUACAGAAGCACUAACGCCGCAGCUUCUAUCAGAGACUUCAGACCAAGUAAGGAGUUUCUUGUUCGCGGGACACGACACAAAUACCAGCAUGUUGCAAUGGGCGUUCUACGAGCUAAGCCGUACGCCCCGCGCCCUCAAGGCUGUGCGCGACGAACUCGACGAGGUUCUUGGGCCUCAAACUGAUCCUCGUACGAUAUGCACUACACUGGCGCAGGAGGGCGAGCAUCUUAUGUCGCGCAUGCACUACAUCAAUGCUGUCAUUAAGGAGACGCUCCGCCUACAUCCACCUGCCAGCACUGUUCGCAUGGCGGAUCCUGGAACAGGCUUUACGGUUCGCGCACCCACCGGCGAGGAGUACAAUCUCGACGGGCUGAUCAUGUACUCGUGCCAGAGCAUUAUCCAGCGGGACCCAACUGUCUAUGGGGACACGGCGGAUGAUUGGAUACCGGAGCGAUGGCUCGGCGAGGCGGCAAAAAACAUUCCCGUGAGUGCGUGGCGGCCCUUCGAGAGGGGUCCAAGAAGUUGCAUCGGGCUAGAGCUCGCGAAUCUCGAAUCGCGCAUUAUCAUCGCCAUCGUGGCUCGCAAGUACGACUUUAUCAAGACGGGUUUAGGAGAAAGCGCUCUCGAUAAGGAGGGCUUUCCUGUGUUGAAUGACAAAGGGCAAUAUAAGGCCAAGUCAGAAUUAUAUAAUACUCGCAGGAUGACGUCCAAGCCGGUAGAUGGAACAAUCAUGAAGAUUAAACUAGCGGCUUAGACAGGAACUAAUCCGGUCGUGGCAUGGUACAGCACAGAUCGUCGUCGGAAUUAGGAGAGGUAGGUAUUGUCCUCCAAUUGUAGCAGAUAUAACGACGCUAAAGUGUACGCAUCCAUUGGUAGUGAGAGCUAUUAACUAGUAGUAGCAUACCUAUUCGAGUGUGCUUCCUAGCUUUAUGAAUGCCAAAAUGUGCAGCCCCUAUUAUCUCAGGCGACCUGAUAGGAGGUAGUGUCCCAGUAAGGUUGAAAGAAGGUUUGCAGGCCCGCGAGUCACGUCCAAGUUCACGGUAUAGCAGAGAAAAGAGGAAUGUUGGGAUAAUGGAUUUUGUUAUAGUGUGGAAAAAGACCUAGGAAUUGAAUUUCAGAGUGGGGUGUAUGGUGGGGGUAGUGAAGGUCUCUGCGGCGCAUAAUCACUGGGAAUCUAGAGCUAUCAUUGCGCUAAGGCGCUUCUUCCAUUGGAGUGUAAGGGUCCCAUGGUUCUGUAAAGUCGUCGAUUGGGCUUAGAUCUCAGCCGCAGCCCCCUCACCUUACGGCAUGUAAAUUUUCGGUGUGCACCAAGUUGAUAAGAAUUUACCUUCUUUUCAUUCUAGCUA